AUGGAGGGGCAACACAACAAGACGGUGAGAAUAUUUGUCGGUGGAUUGGGGGAAUCAGUAACUAAACAAGACCUCCAUAGUUUGUUCAGCUCUUUCGGCAAUGUCGAAGCAGUCGAAACAAUCCGAACCAAAGGUUGCAGUUUCGCCUAUCUUGACUUCCUUCCUUCUUCCACCGAUGACAAAUCUCUUUCCAGGCUUUUUAGCAAGUAUAAUGGUUGCGUUUGGAAGGGUGGGAAGUUGAAGCUCGAGAAGGCUAAAGAACAUUAUCUAGUGCGGUUGAAACGAGAAUGGGAUAAAGAUGCUAUGUCUAAGAUUGAGCAUGUUUGUCACAAACCAGUCACUACUGAUAAGUUAGAGAAAAAGCCCACAAAAGAGAGUUUAAAGACAAAGCAGCUCCACAUUUACUUCCCGAGGUUAAGGCAAGUAAAAUCUAUACCAUUCACUGGAACUGGAAAGCACAAAUACAGUUUCUAGAAUAUUAAAGUUCCUCUUCUCCCUGUGUAUUUCUGUGAUUGCAAGGAACAUUGUAGUCCUUCUAGCACAGAAAGGGAAAAACUACAUAUUGAAAGGGCAUUAGAAAUUGGAGGAAUGAAUGAUGAAGAAAUUAACAUAAUGAAUAUCGUGAUGAACAAACUACUUGAAAAAGAAAAUGUUUCCAAAAAGAAGAAUCUUGAAAUAGAGGAUUCCUUUGAAUCACCUGCACAUCUUGAUGACUCCGAAGUAAGUAGUUCAACAGAUGAAGAUGAUCUCAUUAUUAACGUGAACACAAAGAAAAAUAAAUCGUCCAUAAUAGGGAGUGAGGAACUUCAAAUGAUCUUGGAAAAUCAGGACUCAUGGUCCAAUAAAUCAAAAAUUGGUAAGGAAGAAAAUGACAAGAGUGAGUCUGAUGUGCAUAAAGGGCAUAAGAGCAAUCCCAACAAUAAGAGAAAAUCACUUCACAAAUCGGAAAGGGAAAGCAUUGGACAUGUGUCUACUACUGCUAAAGGAAAGAAUAAUGUGCAGACCCUUCCAUAUGAGGUAGAAUCUGGAGUGCAACCUGUUGAUUCAGAAGAUGAUUUUGGCAAACCAUCUAAAGUUUCAUGGUCUCAGAAAUCUUCAUGGAAAGAACUACUUGUUAAUGGAGGUAAUACUGCUUUCAAUGCUACUCUCAUUUUUCCUACAGAACAAGAAAGACCUGAUAGUCCAUCCCAAUCCAUAUCUAUAAACGACAAAAUUGAAAACAUGGAAGGGAAUGAACACCUAGAGAGUGAAUCCACCGAUAUAGAAUUGACAAAAGGGGCUCACUGA